UCGCCGCGCGACGUUUCGUUCAGGGGGCGUAUUGCGUUGAAAAGCCACCCGCGGUGUGUGCACGCCGCGUGCAUGUAUGCAGAUUGCGCUCCGCAUCAUCAGUGAAUUACCCUAAUCACCUCUUAAAACGUGUGCAAGUGAAUUAAUUAACAAAUCAAUAGAUACAUCAAACAAAUCAAAAUAAGCAAUUAAACGGCUACCGCACCAACAAAACGAAACAAAGUUACGUGUACCAUAAGUACACAAUUUCAAAAUGCAGCUGUAUUAAUUAAAUUAAACCAUGGUGGACAGUUAACUUUGAGGUUAUCAUAACCUAACCUCAAUUUAAAAUCACAAACCGCCUAACUUGCAAUUAACUUAAAAUUACUAGUGUGUAUAUUGGAUCUUAAACAGAAUGUGUCUAUGUCAACUGUAAUCUAAUAAAUGUGUAGUGUCAGGUCGAGAAAUGUAACCACCCCCAAUACGCUUGUCUUGUAAUCACAAUGUGCGUGAAAACGCGCGUGUUCCUCUUGGUUGCCUUGGUGGUGGUGGCGAUGGUGUCGGGCGAGCCGGUAGCGGCGGGUGCGUCUUCAUCGUCAGGUGUGGGUGCAAAUAACGGUUUAGGGGGCGGCGGCGGUGUCUCAGCCGCCGAACGUGCCCCGCUUACAUCGCGCACUGUACGCACCAAAUACGGCGAUGUGAGUGGUAUUAUUGUACAACUCGAUGCUAAACACCUGGAACCGGUGGAGGUGUUCCGAGGUAUACCAUACGCCAGCCCGCCGCUGGGCAGCCUCCGAUUCAUGCCGCCCGUCACCGGCGCGCUCUGGAGCGGUGUGAAGAUUGCCGACCGUUUCAGCCCCGUCUGUCCGCAGCGAUUGCCGGAUGUGCGCAAUGAAACUGCUGCUCUUAAGCGCAUGCCACGAGGGCGGCUGGAGCACCUCAAACGGUUGCUGCCGUAUCUUCAAAACCAAAGCGAGGAUUGUUUAUAUCUGAACAUCUAUGCACCAGCACAAGCCGGGACAAGAGAAGGAAAUUCUUCACCAAAGUAUCCGGUGAUUGUCUUUAUCCACGGCGAAAGCUACGAAUGGAAUUCCGGAAAUCCGUACGACGGUAGCGUGCUGGCGAGCUACGGUGGCGUCGUCGUCGUCACCAUCAACUAUCGCCUCGGCAUACUAGGUUUUUUAAACGCCAACACCGAUCCAUACUUGAAGUCGCCGGCGAAUUACGGCCUCAUGGAUCAAAUUGCGGCGCUGCAUUGGAUUCAGGAGAACAUCGCGUUCUUCGGCGGUGAUCCGACCAAUGUCACCGUCGUUGGGCAUGGCACAGGUGCAGCCUGCGUCAAUUUUCUGCUCACAUCCAGCGCGGUGCCAGAAGGCGUGCUUUUCCAUCGCGCCAUUCUGAUGUCUGGCUCGGCGCUAUCCCCCUGGGCGCUGGUGCAGGAGCCGUCCCGAUACGCGGCGCAGGUCGCCAUCCACGCUAACUGCUCGCCUGAACUGCCGCACCAGCAUCUCCUGAAGUGCCUACGCGAAAAGCCCCUCGAUGUUCUCAUGUCCACUCCUGUCAUCGCGCCCGAAUUUGCCUUCGCCUUCGGACCCAGCGUUGAUGGCGUCGUGAUAGAUACCGGAGAACCAUCAAGUGAUAAUCCCCAUUACAAUAAUGAAUACGAUGGUAAACCAGCAAAGAUCGAACCGCAGAACGCCGUCAACAUACUCAACAACGUCCUGCUGCGCAAAUCCGUCGUCGCCAAGCUUUCCAGAUACGACAUCAUGUUGGGAGUGGUGAAAGCAGAGGCGUAUUUUGCCUUCAACGGCGAAGAUGUUCAGUAUGGCAUCGAGGCUGACAGAAGGUCGAAGAUACUGCGUACAUUCGUACGCAACACCUACAGCUAUCACCUGUCGGAGAUCCUCGCAACCAUCGUCAACGAGUACACGGACUGGGAGCGCCCCGUCCAGCAUCCCAUCAACAUCCGCGACGAAACCCUCGAGGCGCUCUCCGACGCCCAAUACGUCGCACCCGUUGUUCACACCGCUGAUCUACACUCGGCCGAGCAUCGUAAUUCGUAUCUAUACGUGUUUGACUAUCAGACGAAAUUCGGUGAUUAUCCACAGCGCCAGGGUUGUAUUCAUGGUGAAGAACUACCGUACAUGUUCGGAGCCCCUCUCGUGGGGGGCCUGAUGCACUUCGGGCGGAACUACACCAAGUCCGAGGUGGUCCUCGCGGAGACCACCAUGAACUACUGGAGUAACUUUGUGCGCACUGGGAAUCCUAACGAACCGCCAGAGGCGGACGCCUCCCAUGGGACGCGUCAGGAGCGCAAUCGCUUCAAGAACGUCGAAUGGACAGCCUACGAAGCCGUGCAUAAAAAAUAUUUAAAUUUAGAUACAAAACCCAAGCUGAAAAAUCAUUACCGGGCGCAUCGAUUGUCCUUCUGGCUGAACCUGGUGCCGGAUCUGCAUAAACCCGGAAAUGAUGAUGUCCCACGAUCACAUCACAACCUCCCCGAUGAAGAACCGCUACCAAAACUGCCAUCGCUCAAUCCACGUAAACUGACCACAUUGGAACCACCAGUUGGUGAUCAACGUACGACCUUAGGUCAGAAUGCGUCUGGUAUAGCCACACCGCCAAGUUUAGAUUCAUCCGAACGCGUUGAGGAGUUAGGUGGUAGUGUUAGUACAACAUCACACCCGGUAGAAGAUGGUUUCGCUGCUUAUUCAACAGCGUUGAGUGUGACUAUUGCAAUUGGAUGUUCAUUACUGAUAUUAAAUGUACUCAUCUUUGCUGGUGUGUAUUAUCAGAGGGAUAAAACGCGCAUGAAUGAUAACAAUGGGCAUGGUCAUGGCCACAACGGAAGUGGUUCUGGGAAGAAACGAAAUGAAAACGGGCAAAUGCCUAAUAACAUCUGCGGUGAUUUAGAAUCCAGCAUCAUCGGAGUCAAAAGUGACCCGGCGACCAUUUUAGGUCAUCAUCAUUCUCAUCAUCAACUACCUCCGCCCGAGUUUGCUGAUCUACCACAGAAUAAUGCAACGUUGCCACGACCACCACCGCCGCCGAAACUCUGCAAAGCGAACGUCAACACUCUACCACGACAAAUGCCGGAAAAUCAACCGCUACUGUCCACGCACAGUAUACAGUUGAUCAACACCGGCACGCUCACCAAGAAAAACACGCAGAUGAACAGCAAGCAGAACAUUCCCAUGGAAGAACUGCGAGUGUGACGUGAACUAAAGUGAUUGCUUACGAUAAACGUUUUUUAAACCGAACCAAAGCUAAAAACUGCUCAAUUAAACGUGAGAAUUAAAACCUAAACAACAACAAGACUACAAUUGUAGCCCACUAAGUGAUUUCAAUAACCUAGAACGUAAUAAAGACGAUUAGUUAAACGAGAAUACCGACGAGGACAUUUGUAUGCAAACUCGACUACUAGUGUGAUUACAAUAUUGUAUUUUAGUGAAGAAAAAAAAACAAGAGAUGAGAAAUGAUACGAGAUGUUUUUAACUUCGAGGCGAGAGCGAAAACAUUUCCUCUCAACUUAAACAAGACUUACUAAGCACUCAGACAAAAGAUAUAAUGUUCACUUUGGAGAUAUUAUUCGACUCUUUCAUCGAUACCAAAUACUCUUUCGUAUGUUAUUUUUGUGUUGAACAUCAAUUAGAUAUCGUACAUGUACAUAAAGCUCACCGGACACUCCCACACACAGCGACACUCACACAUUCACACACCACACAAAUCACAAAUAAGCAUAACAAACAAUGUAUGUAAAUAAUUACAAUGAUAUACAAAACGUCAUGCAAGUUCUACGAUGUGUGUUGAGGAAAAAAAUAAUCUGCCAUUCAUAAAUCUUGAGCAUGAUUAAUUUUUGACACAAUUAAUUGUGCUCAAUGUUUAAAUUAACUUCACAUGUGUAACACAAUAUAAUUGAUGAGUUAUGAAGGGAAGUAAUCAAAUGAAAAUGCACAAAACACGAACGAGAAUCAAAGUGACCAAUUUAACAAGUAACAAAUUGCAAGACGUUAAUGACAAAAAAUCGACAGCUACAUUUGACAUGGAUUUGACUUUGUCGUUGUUGUUUUUCUUUAUUUUAUUACUUGGUGAAUAGAUAAAUUGUUAUCUUUUGUAUUUGCCAAUUGGCGCAUGAUGAUGCUGGCGAUGAUGGACUAUUUAUAUUCACAUUAGCACUAUUGUUUUAAAUAGUACUCAUAUAAAAUUGUUAUUUAUUCAGAUAUGAUUGUAAAAAAUUGAUUGGUUAAUUUUUAAUGUGAUUGUUAUUGAUAUCCGAUUAUCUACUGUAUAUAUAAAUUGAAAGAAAAAAAACUUGA